UGCUAAAUUGAGAUUCUGGCAGUCCAAAACGCUGCCAUCAAACGGUCAUCCCUUGAUCCAGGCUGGGUCAAUGCCAGCUUAUUAGCGGCAGCCUUGCCUCUUCUUUUAUUUUUCCCUUUUGGCCACAUUGCGGGCUACUCUUGCUGCGGUGGUCGGGCGUCGUUACUGGAGCUUUUCUCUUCGUUUCGUUUCGAUGCCUCCCCUCCAACUAUAUACUCCAGGUGGAGCCGAAUCGAGGUCGCCAUUUUAAGCCCGAAGACGCCCACUCCUACAUUUGACUCCGGACGUUCUGAAGUACAGAAAUUCCGACCAUGGCAGCAGCGGCCUCCGCUUCCACCGGACCGCCCCACGGCCUCGUCCGUCUGUCCUUGCACGUGCUGCUGCUGCUGACGAGCGUGAGCCUCACGCAUGCGCAGCUGCCCGGCACCUGGGAGGUGCUGGUCGAGGACGCCGGCAUCGCCUCCAUGCACACGGCCGUCACCCGGUUCGGCACGGUCGUCCUCCUGGACAGGACCGACAUCGGGCCUUCCCGGCUCCCCCUCCCCAAGAGCCACUGCCGCCGCGACCCCACCGACCGCGCCCUCCCCGGCGGCGACUGCACCGCCCACUCCGCCCUCCUCGACCCCGCCACCCGCCGGCUCCGCCCCCUCUCCAUCCUCACCGACACCUGGUGCUCCUCCGGUCAGUUCCUCCCCGACGGCACCCUCCUCCAGACUGGCGGCGACCUCGACGGCCUCCGCAAGCUCCGCACCAUCUCUCCCUGCUCCCUCGACGACCGCAGCCCCUGCGACUGGCUCGAGCUCCCCUCCCCCCUCCUCGCCGCCGGGCGCUGGUACGCCACCAACCAGAUCCUCCCCGACGGCUCCGUCGUCAUCGUCGGCGGCCGCGCCGCCCCCUCCGUCGAGUUCUAUCCGCCGGACCGUCCCCUCCGCCCCUUCCCCUUCCUCGCCGCCGCCUCGGACCCCCAGAUGGACAACCUCUACCCCUUCGUCCACCUCCUCCCCGACGGCCACCUCUUCGUCUUCGCCAACGACCGGUCCGUCCUCUACGACCCAGACACCGGCGACGUCCUCCGCGAGUACCCCGUCCUCGACGGUGGGCCCCGCAACUAUCCCUCCGGCGGCUCCUCCGCCAUGCUCCCCCUCGACCCGGCGGACGGCUACUCCAGGGCCGAGGUCGUGGUCUGCGGCGGGGCCCAGUACGGGGCCUUUCUCCACCGGGACUUCGAAAUGCCGGCCGGGGUCACGUGCGGCCGGCUCGUGGCGACCGACACGGACCCUGUAUGGGCCAUGGAGGAGAUGGCGUUCCCGAGGAUCAUGGGCGACAUGGUGAUGCUGCCCACGGGAGAGGUCCUCAUCAUCAACGGCGCGCAGGCCGGCUCUCAGGGCUUCGAGUUGGCCUCCAGACCGUGCCUCAACCCGGUCCUUUAUCGGCCCAACGAACCUGACGGAUUAAGGUUCAUGACGCUGACCCCGACCGAGAUUCCCCGGAUGUACCAUUCCACGGCCAACCUCCUGCCGGACGGGCGGGUCCUGGUGGCGGGAAGCAACCCCCACUACUUCUACCGCUUCGAAGGCGAAUUCCCGACGGAGCUCCGGGUGGAGGCGUUCUCGCCGGAGUAUCUGUCGCCGGAUAAGGCCAGCCUCCGGCCGGGGCUCGAGGCUGCACCGGAGAAGGUGGGUUACGGGGAGGGGUUCGAGGUGGAGGUAGAGGUGGCGCUGCCGGUGGUGGGGGUUCUGGAGGUGAACCUCCUAAGCGCGCCCUUCGCAACCCACUCGUUCUCGCAGGGGCAGAGGAUGGUGAGGCUGGCCGUUUCGCCGCCGGCGGAGGUGGCAAGGGGCGGCGGAGAUGGGGCUCCGCAUCGGUACCGCAUUGCUUGCAAGGCACCGCCGAACGGGAGGGUGGCGCCGCCGGGGUAUUACAUGGCGUUCGUGGUUAACCAGGGCGUGCCGAGUGCGGCCCGGUGGGUCCAGCUGGUGCUCUAAAGGAGGAGCCCAAGCUGAAAAGAAGACAAAGCCAGAGCUCUAGUUCCAUAAUUGUGGAUAAUAAUAAAAUUUGAUUUUUUUUUAAGCAAGUUUUUAAAUCCCCGUGGCCCGGUAAAGCUUUCGAGAAGAAUAAUUGGAGUACAAUAAAGAUUCUCGACCCUAGUUAA